UGAUGUCCUAAUGCUGGAAAUUGAAAGGGAUUUCCUCCUGUCAUUGUCAUCUAACAGAAAGAUGGCUGUGACAAGAAGAUAUUUUCCUUUUAUGCUCAUCGCAAUUCUUUAUCAAGAUAUGAUUAUUUCCACUGGGGUUAAACAAACUAAAUGCCAGAGAGUGGUACAUCAUGUAGCAGAAAGGACAGAUAUGAAGUGUGGCCCUGGUGAAGUUAUCUACGUUAAGAACCAGGCUAUAACAUCAGGUUCUGUUUCUGUUGGUGACCAAGAAAAAUCAUGUGCUGCAAAUUUGGAAAAGGGGGUGUGUACCAGGUCCCUACCACUCGGCAGCUCUAACAGUGAUGGGACGCCUUUUAUUGCUGGAACCAGCUGUAACUUAAAAAAUACAUGUGUUUUGAGGAGUUACUUUACAAAACAUUUGACCUAUUCAAUUCUGAAAGUUGCCGAAAUGAGACCAAACUAGAACACAACUGGACCAAGGAUUCCUUAUUCAUUAGUUUUACUUAUAUUUGCAUACCAAAGAACCUUAUAUUCAAUUUAUUGGAAAGUAAUCGGAACACUACAAAAAGAUUCAGAGCCAUGCAUAUGGUUACGGACAGUUUCUAUGGAUACAUUACAUGUAAAGUGAAGGGGACAAUACAUCUCUUAUCCUUACUAGAGCUGACAGAAGCCAGUCUGACUCUAUAUAGAGAUGAGGAAAAAUUAUACAGUUAUGAGAACAGGGGCGUAUACGGUAUUAACAUCACCUUAAAUAACGAUUUUGACAGCAAUUCCACUCGGUACAUUAUUAAAAUACACACGGGAUUGGAAGGAAGAGUUUGGAUCCAUCUACAAGGACAUUUGGAAAUGGACUGUAGUAGGAAAUCAAAACUUUACACAUUGAUGACUGUUGAUACAGACAAAAACCUUACCACAAUUGAUACCAGCGGGAACAAUGUACUAUCAAAUGGUAUGUUUCUUAUAGAACCAGAAAUACCAUAGAAAUGUUCCUUGUUUGUAAAUUGCUCGUUAGUGAGUAAACAUUAACAAUCAAUAUCAGAUCUUACUCAAACAAAAUGCUCUAUUUAUCA